UAAAGUAGUUGUUAGGUGAAGGUGACUCACUUGCAUGUGACUUUAAACCCCUUCUCUUCACAAACCACUUUAUAAAUAUUAAUAACCGAUUGAUUCCCUGCAUCAACACAUCCUCAUUUCUCACACGUUUCACCAAAUUUUCUGGAAAUUGUAGUCAAGAAAAUUGAUUUCUUCACACACCCAAUUUCCAAAUAUACCCAAAAUACCCUCAUCGACUCAUUUCCACUCUUAAAACCUCAAUAAAAAUCUCAUUUUUUUCAAGAUUUUACAUGAUUUGAUUCCACAAUCACCCACCCUUUUGUUGAUACCCAAAAGGGUUUUUAACCUUUUAUUGAAACUGAAAUAGAAUCUGUUUUUUAUCGGUUGUUUUUGUUUGCACGCCAAGUGUUUGAUAAAUUGCGUGAGUGAAUUGUUUUGUGUUUUUUUGGAAAAAUUAACUGGUGGGUCAAGUGGUCAACGUUAUCUGUUUGAUUUAGAUGACGAUUGAAUCGUUCCCUGGGAGUUCUGGGUAUAUAGAUGCUGGUGUUGAUAAGAAGAUUACAUAUUUUAGUAACACUUAUGUGUUGGGUUUGACUGUUGUUGCUGGAAUUGGUGGGCUUCUUUUUGGAUAUGAUACUGGAGUCAUAUCCGGUGCGCUUUUGUACAUCCGAGAUGAAUUCGAGGCCGUUGAUCAAAGUAGUUUCUUACAGGAGACAAUUGUUAGCAUGGCUUUAGUGGGCGCAAUGAUAGGAGCUGCUGGUGGUGGUUGGAUAAACGAUGCAUACGGGCGUAAACGUGCAACACUUCUUGCCGAUGUAGUUUUCGCACUCGGGUCUUUUGUGAUGGCUCUAGCACCCGACCCGUAUGUACUUAUAUUUGGUCGGCUCUUGGUUGGGUUAGGUGUCGGUGUAGCGUCAGUUACUGCACCAAUGUAUAUUGCGGAAGCAGCCCCAUCUGAAAUACGGGGCGGUCUUGUGAGCACCAACGUGCUUAUGAUCACUGGUGGACAAUUUCUUUCGUACCUUGUUAAUCUUGCUUUCACUGAGGUUCCUGGGACAUGGAGAUGGAUGCUCGGAGUUGCCGCUGUGCCAGCUAUUGUUCAGUUUUUAUUAAUGUUGUUGCUUCCGGAGUCUCCACGCUGGCUUUACAUGAAGAAGAGCAAAUCGGAGGCCAUUGUCGUGUUGUCGAAAAUUUACGAUCCGUUUCGGUUAGAGGAAGAACUUGAUCAGCUUUCUUCUGCGUUGGAAGAAGAAAAGCAGAGAAAGAAUGCCAUCAGUUACUUGGAUGUUUUCAGAAUCAAGGAAAUCAGACUUGCGUUUUUCGCUGGAGCCGGACUUCAGGCGUUCCAACAAUUCACCGGUAUCAACACCGUAAUGUACUACAGUCCAACCAUAGUCCAAAUGGCCGGUUUCCGUUCAAACCAAUUAGCCCUUUUACUAUCUCUAAUGGUAGCAUUAAUGAACGCUGCCGGUACCGUCGUCGGAAUCCACCUCAUCGACCAUUCUGGCCGCCGCAAGUUAGCCUUAAGCAGCUUAUUCGGCGUAAUCCUCUCCUUAAUCCUCCUCUCAGUUUCCUUCUUCCUCACAUCAUCCGGUUUUACCAACGUCGGCUGGAUCGCGGUUCUCGGGCUAACCCUUUAUAUCGCGUUUUUCGCACCCGGUAUGGGCCCGGUUCCAUGGACCGUGAACUCCGAAAUAUAUCCGGAAUCGUAUAGGGGAACGUGUAGCGGAAUGUCCGCUACCGUCAACUGGAUUUCGAACUUGAUCGUAGCGCAAUGUUUCCUUUCGGUUGCUGACGCUGUCGGGACCGACUGGACGUUUUUGAUACUGGCCGGUAUCGCUGUCGCGGCGUUUGUGUUCGUGUAUGUGUAUGUACCGGAGACCAAAGGGUUGACGUUCGAUGAAGUCGAGAGGAUUUGGAAGGAGAGAGCGUGGGGUCGUAACUAUGGAUCGGAAUCGCUUCUUGAAAAGGGGGUCGAGUCGUGAUGUGUGAAAUGUGACCGUGGUGGACCGUGGGUUUGCCGGCUGGGGUCGUGUGUAGCCGAUUUUAGUGGCUAAGGUUCAACCCAGUUUGUAGUAAUAGAUUUGGUUGAAAAGAUGUACAGGUGUGGUUUAUAUGUUUUAAAGACGAAAAUAUAAGAUGUAUUGUUGGUUUUUGUUUUGUUUUGUUUUGUUUUUGAGGGUUGUAUAAAGGCGCAAUAAGAUUAGUGCCAAAUUUAAUAAAAGAAUAAUUGCAUAGAACUUGUAUUAUUAAGUGUGAUACACAAUACGCUUAUGUAAUGUAUUUUUUCUCUUGCACUUCACAUGAAUAAUUUACAUUUAUGUAA